AUGAUCUUCGUUGAUGCAACGCUCGAUGUAAGUACCCUCGCUCGCGAAGUAGCGCGCGUCGAAUCGGUGCGACGAGUCAAAGACCUCCAAAGGCAAUUGUCCCACUUCGCACAGUAUGGGCAAUGGAAUAGCAUCUCUCAACUCUUCAGUAUCAACGGCACCCUCAUCUGGGGCAACAUGACCGCUCAUGGUCCGGCGUCAAUCGAAACAUGGCUGCGCAACGAUUCUGGUGACAUGAACGGCUUGGUUUCUGGGUCCCUCAGUACAAUGAUCGUCGAGACCCCUGUGGUUAGCUUGAGCAUUGACGGAAAGCGUGCGAAAGGACGCUGGAACGGCAUCUGGUUCCAGGGCGACGGCAAGGGUGGAACGCGAAUCCAGGGCGGAGUAUACGAAAACGAAUAUGUCUUGAUGGACAAUCGGUGGCAUAUAUCGUUGCUACACUACUACGACAUGUACAAGGGUGAUUACGAAAACGGUUGGCGUAAUGUUAACGGCAAGGGCAUCUCGAUUGUUCCGUAUCAUUUCACAGCCGAAGGGUCUGGACUACCGAUACCGCCAGCAGUGGGAGACCCUGAACCGUACAAUGGGACCAUCGAGCGACUAGGAGCUAGGAUCCAGAGGCUGAACGAUGAAGACGAUGUUCGGAACUUGAUGCAUGCCCAUGGCUACUACGUUGAUUGA